AUGGCUGAAAUCAGAAGAAAACUCGUCAUUGUAGGUGAUGGUGCAUGCGGUAAAACAUGUCUCUUGAUUGUCUUUUCAAGGGGAACUUUCCCUGAGCUUUAUGUUCCUACUGUCUUUGAAAACUAUGUAGCCGAUGUUGAGGUUGAUGGCAAAAAUGUUGAAUUGGCUCUCUGGGAUACAGCAGGCCAGGAAGAUUAUGACCGUCUUCGUCCUCUUUCGUAUCCUGAUUCCCAUGUUAUUUUGAUCUGUUUCUCUAUUGAUUCCCCUGAUUCUUUGGACAACGUUCAAGAAAAAUGGAUUUCUGAAGUACUUCAUUUCUGCCAAGGACUUCCUAUUUUGCUUGUUGCUUGUAAAAAGGAUUUGAGAAAUGACCCCGCCAAGAUUGAAGAAUUAAGAAAGACAUCUCAAAGACCUGUUACUGCUGAAGAAGGCUUGGGUGUAGCACAAAAGAUUGGUGCUUACAAGUAUCUCGAAUGCUCUGCAAAGUCUGGUGAAGGUGUACGUGAAGUGUUUGAGAAUGCCACUCGUGCUGCUUUGAUGAUGAACAAGUCUUCUGGUGGUAAAGGAGGCAAAAAGAAGUGUCUUAUCUUGUAA